AUAUCUUCCCUGACGUCCAGGUUAUAGAUAACUUAUAUGUAAAGCAUUGCAAUGAUUGACGACAAUGUUUUUGUUUCUGGCGUCAUUUUGUCUUUGCUUGAAUCCAGGUAAGUUUCGUUUAUUUGUGGAUCUCAGACAUGUGAAAACAAAAGGUAACAUAUGCCAACCUAACAGUCAUAUUAAGUUGAUUUAAAGACGGCAAUUUUCAACCCAAACGUGAGGUUAAACUUUUAUGAGCAAUGUGCAAUGUCCUUGGUUGUUAAAUCACAGCAAAAACCAUAAUUUUUAAAAGGCGUGAUAACAUGCCAUAAAAAUCAUACGUGAAACUGUAUACGAGCUGCGGAGAAUGAGCGGGCUGAGUUUUCAAAGUUUUUGAAGGGAGAAUUUCCCGAAUAUCGAAAUCUGUGAUCCAAGAUGGUAAAACUGAAUUUGCUUCGCGACGAGCUACAGGUUAUUAAUUAGUUAGUCAGCCAAAUCUCUUGUGGUAGAGGUCAGUUUAAGUGCCAUCGGACGUAAAGACCAAUAAACUUAAUUUUUUUAUCAAAGUUGAUUCCCGUCCAACUGAGUACGAAAUGGGAGAUCCCUUUUAUGUGCCACUUCCGUUAGCGCUUCCGGGGGGACGUGGCGUGAACUAUUUAUCCCAUCAAACCGAAACUUUUGGUGACGAACUGAGCUCGCGGAUCAGUCAGCAAAGCAGAGAGGUGGCCAACUUAGGAGAUGAAAUACAACGAGACACAACUCAACAAAGUCAACAGAUUGAAGACAUUGGAAGAGAGGUGGACGCAGAUGAGUCUAUACCAUUCCCUGCAAGCCAUGCAGGUGAUGAGUUCCCGGAUGUCGACGAGGACGACGACGGGUACAAUAGUUGGCCAACGGAAGAAAGGUAGCGACUGAAACCUUUGUUUCCAAAUCAGGCGAUCAGGAAAGGCUAAACACGUGUUGUGACGGAGGGAUACUAUAUAUGAAUUCUAAUGCCAGUAAUAUAGAUGAAGGCUCGGCUUUGCUAAAAUAUCAAGGCUACUUACAUCGUAUUAGGAACAUAGUAAUGACAGACUAUGAGUGGGAAAGCCAAACGGUACAAUGACUGAUUCUUGGUCAUAAUCAAUAUAAUCAUUAUAAGAUCAAAUAAUAAUAGGAAAAAUAAAUUUAAAAAACUGUGCUACUUGAAAAGCCUGAUGUUGACUAC